AUGAGGUUCAACACUGUUUCGACGGCCGCCCUGGCCUCCCUUUUCCUCACUGCCGCUGUGGCCUCCCCUGUUGGAAGGGUUGAGCAUGGAGGUCUGGAGCCUCGCGACAUCUCCUCCCUUGAAGCCCGCCACGUCCCGAAGCUGCCCCUCAUCAAGGGUGUGAAGGGCCACGGCAAGAAGGACGAUGACAAGAAGGACGAUGAUAAAAAAGACGAUGAUGACAAGAAAGAUGGUGCUCCCGGCUACGGCGGUAACCACGGUGGUCUCCACUUCCAGUCGCAGUCGCAGUCCCAAUCCCAGUUCCAGUCCCAGCACGGCGGUGACAACAAGAAGGGCGAUGACAAGGAUGACAAGGGCGGUAUCCAGGUUCAGACCCAGUCUCAGAGUCAGAGCCAGUUCCAGGGCCAAAGCGGCGGGAUCAAGGGUGGUGACACUCAGUAUCAGUCUCAGGCGCAGUCUCAGAGUCAGUUUCAGGGUCAGAGCGGUGCCGUGAAGGACGACGACAAGCAAUUCCAGUACCAGUCCCAGUCCCAGUCUCAGGUCCAAUCUCAGGCCGACAAGAAGGAUGACGGCAAGAAGGAUGAUGACAAGGAAAUCCAGUCCCAGUCGCAGUCGCAGUCACAGGUCCAGAUCCAAGCCCAAAAUGACAAGAAGGACAACCACAAGGAUGACAAGAAGGACAUCCAAUCCCAAUCCCAGUGGCAGUCACAGACCCAGAACCAAGCCCAAGUUAUCAAGGACGACGACGACAAAAAAGACGGCGACGACAAAGACACAGGUGCUCAGUUCCUAUCCCAAUCCCAGUCUCAGUCUCAGUUCCAGUCGCAGAGUGGCGGCGGCGUCAAGAAGGAUGAGAAGAAGGCCUUCAGCAGCGGUGGAGUCCAGUUCCAGUCCCAGUCUCAGUCUCAAGUUCAGGUCCAGAAGGGAGAUGACAAGAAGGAUGACGACGUGAAGAAGGAGGAUGAUGAUGGCAAGAAGGACGACGAUAAGAAGGAUGGCGGGAUCAAGAAGGUCGUCGUCAUCAACAAGAGCAUUGGGAUCAAGAAGGAUGAUGGGAAGAAGGACGACGACAAGAAAGAUGAUGAUGACAAGAAGGAUGACGACGACAACAAGGAUGGUGGCAAGAAGGGCCUCGGCAUCAAGAAGGGGUUCGCCGUCCACAAGAAGAUCGACAUCAAGAAACCUGACAUUGACUGCUGA